AAGAUCAGCAGAGUGAUUUAAGAACCAUACUUAGUAGUUUAUUGACUCUGGAACGUAAAUCACUUAUUCUUGCGGAUGGCGAAGAAGUCUUUUUGUCAGAUAUAAUGGUAGGAAUAGAGCGAGCCCAAGAAAGAAUAGCUACCUUAGAACAGGAGAUUGGAAGGCUAAAAGGAGGAGGCAAUAAUAGUGGUGGUUCUGGUGGAUUUUCUUCUUCCGCUAUUGAAGAAGUAGAUUAA